AUGGGGAAGCCAACCAGCACCACCGCAGAGGCACCUUCCAUCACCCAUUUCAGCCACCCACACCCCCUCCUUCUCUCCAACAACCCCCCAACCCAGCACUGCUCCGCCUGCAAUCUCCCCACCCCCGCGGCAGCAGCAACCUACGUCUGCAUAAUCAACAGCUGCAGCUUCGGGCUCCACCCGAAAUGCAGCCUGCUCCCGCACCAGAUCAGCCACCCCUUCGACCACCAGCACGCCCUCACCCUCUACCCGAGGCCCGUCUACCCGGAGGGCCUCUUCAACUGCGACGCCUGCGGCAACCGCGGCGGCGCCUUCUCCUACCACUGCAGCCCCUGCGGCGUCGACCUCCACACCACCUGCGCCUCCCUGCCGCUCAGCCUCACCCACCGCCUCCACAAUCACGCCCUCGCCCUCACCUUCUCCGCGCCCUACCUGGGGAACUCCUUCUCCUGCGACGUCUGCAAGAAGCUUGGCUCUAAAACGUGGCUCUACCGCUGCGCCGCCUGCGAAUUCGACGUCCAUUUGACCUGCGUCGCCGCCGUCGUUCCUCCGCCUCUGCAGCGCCCGAGACCGGCGCAGAAUCGUCCGAAUAAUCAGGGAGGACGAGUGGCGGCGGCGCAGCCGGUUUAUGGAGGUGCGAGGCCGGUGAAUACGCUGGGGAAUCAGAUAUUGCUUGCGGCGGUGGAAGGAGCUGCCGGCGGCGUGGCUCAGACGGCGACGGGGGUUAUUUUUCAGGAAUUGUUUGGCGUUGGCGGAGGCGGAGGGGGAGGAGGUAAUGGCUUUUGUGUGGAUGUUUUGGGGAUGGACGGUAGAGCAAGUGUUGACGGAGCGGCGGCGGAGAUGGAUCAUACUAGCAUUGGAUUAUCUUGA